UAUUUCUCUUGCAUGUACCUAUUUCUAACGAUAGAUAAAAAUGUCGAAUUUUUCUUUAAAUGAACGCGAGGAACAUUACCAAAAUUUAAAUAACUUUACGAAGAAAAUUCAUCAUGAAAUUAUCGAAACAAUCUCUACGUUGAACUGGACGAUAGAAAGUAUAGAAUCUGAUAAUGAUAACAGGCUAGUUUGCCCAUAUGAUGCGUCUCAUCAGAUUAGUAAAAAAAUGUUGUAUCAACAUCUGGAAUGUUGUCAGUGGAAACAAGAAGGUUACAAUGAAUUUGACGUAUCACUACCUGAAUCAAACUUAUCACCAGAUUCAUAUUCUUCAAUAAAAUUAGAUCUACAGAUACAAAAUAGUAUUCUGCAAGAAGCGAAGAGGAAGAAUCCUAGUUUGAAGAUUGGUUUGGGUGAGCAAUUAAUUCCAAGAACGUCGAAUAGAAUCUUCACAGAUUUUACUUGCGAUGAAAGGAAAAUUUUAUAUGAUUAUGUUGUUUCAAAUACAGUUAAGCCAGACAUUGGUCAUGACAUUACAGAUAUUCAAAAAUUAAAAAACGAAGGUAAAGAGGAUAAAAAAUUAUCCUUUUUAGAAUUGCUUAUACAAGAACGCAAUUUAAAAAGACGACGUGCUAAGCAUAGAGGUGUACAUACAAAUAAAAAGUCUCAUACAGAAAUUCUCAGAGAAAUUAUACAUCAGCAAAUGGAAUUAUAUGUCGAUUAUAUAACAGAAACACGUACAACCAAUCACAAUAUGAAGACCACAACUAUUACCGAGACUCAAGGUUCCAAUAAUAAUCUUGGUGAUAUGCAAUCCCUACUAGUUAAUGAACGUCCAUUAAAACGCCAUGAUCGUUUUAUAGAAAAUCCACAAGAUUAUCGUAGAAAUUUUAACUCUCGAUAUGAUCAAAAAUACGAAUGCUCCGAGAAAUCAUAUACUCCUUAUGCAAAAAGUUCAAAGCAACGAGAGACAUGUUCACGAAUUACGACUGAAUCAUGGAAAACGCAAAAACUUCAUAAACGAGGUUCUCAUUCAAAGGAACGUAAUCAUGAUAGAAAGAAUAAAUAUGGAUAUACACGAUCACAUUAUAAGAAAAAGAACGUAAAAUCUUAUGAAAGUGAGAAAUCAUUCACUAACACCACCUACUCCAAACGAAAUAUCGAUCACGAAGAAAGUCGAGAAAAAUUAAUAUCAUAA